UGAAGUAUAAUCUAGCCAUUCGAACUCUAUGUUCAUGAAGGCGCUGUCUCUGUCGUCAUUACUUCCUUUACGCUUUCCUGAGCGGCGGCGAGAGAAUGUUGGCAACUAAAGCUUUUCGAGUUCUUGGAAAACGGGCCAUCUCAACCUCCGUUUGCCUUCGAGGUGGACAUGGGGUUGCCAAGGUGGAGGGCUAUACUCUCCCAACAUAUUUUGAUCGACCAGAGAAUCCCCUCCCUGAUAUCAAGUUUGUGCAGAACCUAAACCCGGAGCAGCAAUCCCUUAAAGAGAAGGAAAAGGGUUCUUGGGCAACCCUCUCCAACGAGGAGAAGAUUGCGUUGUACCGCUUAAGCUUCAAGCAAAGCUUUGCUGAAAUGACCAAGCCAACCGGCGAAUGGAAGUCUGUGGUGGCCGGAAUGCUUUUCCUUAUUGGUUUCACCGGUUUUGUGGUUGCCUGGCAGAGGAAAUACGUUUAUGGUGAUGUGCCCUACACAUUCUCCCAGGAGUAUAAGGAGAUGGAGCUGCAAAGGAUGCUGGAUAUGAGGAUCAACCCUGUAGAGGGCUUUUCUAGCAACUGGGACUACGAGAACAAACAGUGGAAGAAAUAGAGCAACCCGCAGGGCACAGAACACAAAGUACUUUCCAAUAAGUCAGUCUGUAUUCACUUAUCAACCGUACCUCUUAAGCAAUCUGGAAGACCACUUCCUCAUAAGGCUAUUGUACAUUAUUUAAAAGUAAAUAAAAGAUACAGUGUUAACCAAAACAGUGAUUGCUACAUUUUUUUUUAAAUCAUUAAAGACGAGUAGAAGGA